AUGAAGGCUACAAUGGUCCUCGGCCUCGCCUCUCAGGCUCUGGCUGCUUCUGUUCCCCGUGCAGCUGAUGUCUACGGCGGAACCGAUGCCGACAUCAAGAGCGUCCCUUACCAGAUUGACAACCGCUACAUCAUCACCGCUGGUCACUGCACCCGCAAUCUUACUGCCAGCGAUCUCUCCAUCCGAGUCGGCAGCGCCAAGCUCGGUGCUGGUACCAAGUACAACGUUACCGAGAUUCACAAUCACCCCAAGUUUGUCCUUACAGACGACUUUCAGAUCGACUACGACAUUGCCAUCCUAAAGUUGUCCUCCGACAUCAAGUUCAGCGACUCUGUCAAGGCUAUCGGCCUCGCCAGCUCCCCUGCCGUCGCUGGUGCCACUGGCCACCUCUCCGGCUAG